UUAGGUAAGGCUUCAUGCAAGAGAUACACCUCAUCCACAUCACUCAACCCAGACAAACAAAGGAUGUCUGGGAAAAGUGCUAAUGGAGGACCAGACAGUAUAUCAUCCUCUGCUGCCAGCACGUCCUCUCGGGGGGGGAGGGGUGCAGCCGCUGGCAGACUGCCCGCUUCUCGGAGAUUCAAAAACAAGGCUCUUCAGCUCAGCCUCUCCAAGAAAUUCUGCUCAAAGUCACAGUCCCCCUCUGCCAAUGGGAACGGUUCAGGAGAGGAGGUGGAGGGACGUCGGAACAGUAAAAGAAGCCUCAGCAAGAGCUCAGCGGUGGCUGCUGCCUACAUUUCCUUCCUCAAUAAACUCUUUGGACAGGAGAGAGCGCUGAUGCCGGAGGAGUUAGAUGAGCUCCAGGUGGCCUUCAAGGAAUUUGACUAUGAUGCGGAUGGCUUCAUCCAUUACAAAGACAUUGCAGACUGCAUGAGGACCAUGGGCUACAUGCCUACAGAGAUGGAGCUCAUCGAGAUCAUCCAGCAAAUUAAGAUGAAAUGGGGCGGUCAUGUAGACUUUGAUGAUUUCUGCGAGUUAAUGGGGCCAAGGAUGCUGGCUGAGACUGCUCAUAUGGUCGGGCUGAAGGAGCUCCGCUGCGCCUUCAAACAAUUUGAUUGUGACGGUGAUGGAAAGAUCACACUUGAUGAGCUGAAGGAAGGCAUGAAGAACCUCCUGGGGGAGAAGCUAAAGAAAGGCGAGCUGGAGGAGAUCCUCAGCGACAUCGACCUCAACAAAGAUGGUAGCAUUGACUUUGAUGAGUUUGUGAUGAUGCUUUCUGCACGAUGACCUCUGAUGGAAGAAGAUGGAGGCGUUGGUUCACAAGUACUAACUCUUCCUGCUGUUGCAAUGUGUUUUGUGUGACAUUUGAAGUGUAUGAUAGUAAAAAAUUAAAUUGAGUAAAAGAAAGCUGCUUCUUAUUUGCAAUAUGAAAGUUGAGUUUGAAUAAGUGCAGAGGGUAAAGGGUGGGUUAUGAAACAUUGAACUAUUUGUAACUUUUAUGCUGCGCUGUCGCCCCCUUGUGGUUAGAACGUGUCCAUGCUCAUAGAGCUAUGAAAUGAAGCCGCAUUAGUAUUCUUUUCCCUUUGAUAAGCGUAUAACUUUGGUUUCAUCAAGGAAUGUAGUAUGUCUAAUAGUUGUAUGUUUUUUCUCUUAGUUUUUGUGAUUUUUUGGUUGGGUUUGAGGGGGGGAGGGGCUUUGUAGAAAUAACAACAUACUGUAUAAUGCUCCAAUCAGAGCAACAAUUGUAAUAGUAGUGGAUUGUUUGGAUAGGGUCAAUCAAAUCUAAUAAAACCACCCCCACCCAGUUAAAGAAUUGAAAUUCUUGAUAAAUGUCUUCAUGAAUAUUUAAUGUUAUCGAGAAAUACUAUAUUUGAAAUAUCUUUGGUGGUUUUUAAGUGAAGUCAUUGCUUUGAAGAAAAUAUCCAGUUAUCUUGUACAGAUUGCUCCAGGUCUUUUAUUAAAGUGUUCAAACAAAGUGAACACUGAGAAUGAAGUUGAAAAAGAAGUGCAUUUAUUAUGGAAAAAUGAUAACUUAAACAUCUGACCAAAAUCCUUUUUCCUUUUAAACAGGUGUUUAAUCCAUACAACAGUCGUGACUUGAAUCUCGUUUCUUUACGAUCUUUUAUACACAAUGUGAACAAAUGGUUCCAUAAACUGGAAAGAACAUUAAAACAUACUUCACACUAUGGCAACAAAAGGAAUGGUAGCCAAGUCACUGUGUAGCUAAAAAUCACAAUACCAAAAUGGUGUAAGGCAAUCGCAGUACUGACAAGCACCGCAGCUCCUCUUCCCUCCAUGUAGACUGAGCAGCUUUGAAUGAAGACUAAUCUUACCCAUUGUUGUAUCAUGUUGUGUGGGUCUGGUUUUGAUUUGUCAUAAUAUUGCAAGAACACCUUGGAUUUUUUUAUUCACAUUAGAAUGUACAAAUAUAUUCUUCCUUUUAAAUUAAUUCAUUUUUAGUUAAUGAAACGGGUGUCUCAACAUUUUGGUAUA